CGGGCAGGCCAGGCCCGGCGGUGAGCGGAGGAGCCGGCACAAAGUUUUCCCCUCACGGCGCCGGGGAGCAGCGGCCCGGGCGGGCGGCACCGAGCGCGGGGGGAGCCAGGGCCCGGGGGAACCGGUGGCCGCAACUAGGAGCCGCGCUGAGCCGUCCCGGCAUGAGGAAGAGCCGCGGCCGCUACAUCCCGGAGCUCGGCCCGGGCUUCCCUUGAGAGCCAAGCGGGAGCCCCGCCGCAGCCGCUUCCCCUGCCCCUGCGGAGAGAGCCGCCUGCCGCGGCCCUUCCCAGCCCCUGCCGAGAGACUCCGCGCCUGGGGCCUCCCUGACUCCCUCCCCCCGGUGCACGUUGUGCCCUUGCCCCGAGCGCCCUAGUGAAGGCCGGGGGUGGGGUGGAGUGAGCGGCCCUCUCCUAGCCCUGCCCCCGGGGCAGCCGUGGGGCCCUCGCCCCCCCAGAGCCUGGGACAGGCACCUGCUCCUGACAGCAAGACUCACCCCCCCCCCCCCGGCCGCGCCCAGGGGGCUGGGUUCGUCUGGAGGUUUGUUGUGACUUCCUGCCCCAGGGAUUCAGGGAAGCAGCUCCCACCUCUGCUCCUGGGCCUGCUCUUUGUCACCCUUGGUUUAAUGACUGGUUGGGGUGAUUGGCUGAGAUGAAAGUGACUGUCUCUUUUGGGAAGACGGGGAUUGUGGUUCCCUGUAAGGAUGGGCGGCUCCGUGUCAGAGACUUAACCCAGCAGGCUCUUCAGAGAUACCUCAAAACCAAAGAAAAGGACCCUGCUUACUGGGUGAACAUUCACCACCUCGAGUAUACAGAUGGGGGGAUCCUGGACCCAGAUGAUGUGCUGGCAGACGUUGUGGAGGACAAAGAUAAGCUGAUUGCCGUGUAUGAUGAACAAGAAUUGCACAAUAAGAUUGACAGCACCAGUGUCUGUUUGACAGACAGACCCAGCCCAGAUCCUUUUGAGAUGGAGGUGGCUGCCCAGCUGGCUACCUUUCAGCCAGUUGGUGGUGAGAUUGAGGUGACUCCUUCUGCACUGAAAUUGGGCACACCACUGCUAGUGAGGAGGAGCAGUGACCCAGCGCUGGGCCCACCUGCUGGCUUCCACCCAGGUGCUGCACACCCCACUGACAAUAGUCUGAAAUCCGUUGUGGCUGGUGCAACACAGUUAUCUUUUGAAGAUGGAGAAAUGGAUCUCACUGGGCACGCUGAACAGCUGACAUCUCAGAAGGCCAAGUUCACUUUCAGUGAUAUGACAAGAACAGUAGAGAUUUCUGGGGAAGGUGGCCCUCUGGGGAUACAUGUAGUACCCUUCUUUUCAUCUCUGAGUGGAAGGAUUCUAGGACUCUUUAUCCGUGGCAUUGAGGAGAACAGCAGGUCCAGGCGUGAUGGUCUUUUCCAUGAAAAUGAAUGUAUUGUGAAAAUUAACAAUGUGGACCUCGUAGAUAAAACCUUUGCACAGGCUCAGGAUAUCUUCCGUCAGGCAAUGAAAUCUCCAAGUGUCUUCUUGGAAGUGGUUCCUCCAUAUAAUCGUGAACAAUAUGAAAAGUCUGUCAUUGCUCCCCUUUGUUUGCUCGAUAAUGAUGGAGUUCCAAAAACAAAGGUUCCACCUCCUGUUCUUACGAAACCAACUGUGAAAACAGUAGACCUCUCUGGAAUGAACAGCCUGGAGACAGAUCUGCAGGCAACACUACAGCACGCUAAGAAACCAUCUUCACCAUCACUGUCUCCUCUGAUGGGCUUCGGCAACAAGAAAAAUGCAAAGAGAAUAAAGAUAGACCUUAAGAAAGGUCCUGAAGGACUUGGUUUCACUGUGGUUACCAGAGACUCUUCAAUCCAUGGCCCUGGUCCUAUUUUUGUGAAGAAUAUUUUGCCAAAGGGGGCAGCAGUCAAAGAUGGUCGUUUGCAGUCAGGAGACCGAAUACUGGAGGUGAACAGCAGAGAUGUCACUGGCAGGACACAAGAAGAACUAGUGGCUAUGUUGAGAAGCACUAAGCAAGGGGAGACUGUCUCUCUGAUCGUGGCUCGGCAGGAGGAAGCCUUUCUGCCUCGAGAGCUGAAAGGAGAGCCCAACUGCAGUAUUCUUUCACUGGAGACCACAGAACAGCUGACCUUUGAGAUACCCCUGAAUGAUUCAGGUUCUGCUGGACUUGGUGUCAGCUUGAAAGGCAACAAAUCUCGGGAGACUGGGGCUGACCUUGGGAUUUUCAUCAAAUCCAUUAUCCAUGGAGGUGCAGCUUUUAAGGAUGGCCGCCUGCGGAUAAAUGACCAGCUGAUUGCAGUGAAUGGAGAGUCUCUUCUGGGGAAAUCCAACCAUGAAGCCAUGGAGACACUGAGGCGUUCCAUGUCUAUGGAAGGGAACAUUCGCGGGAUGAUUCAGUUGGUGGUUCUCAGGAGACUGGAUAGACAAAUGCAGGAACGCUCAGAUCAUGGGUUUUUUCCAAAACCAGCACUUGAGGGCAGUCAGACCUUCACCACUAUCUCCAGGCGCAAUGAUGCUGUCCUGCAGCAAUUUGUAACUUACAGUCCUCAGGAAAGACUAAAAGUUUCAGAGCUGACUAUGUCUGAUCGUGGUAGUGCUGAGAAUGAAGUUCCACCUCCCCUGCCCCCACACCCAAGUGAGGAGCUGCUUUCUGAAGAUUAUAACCAUAGCUCUGUAGUGGAUUCAGCAGCAUAUUUAACAGAUCAGAACAUCAACUUCAGAUCUUUGACACCAGCCAAGCAGCCUGAAUCAAUUAAUCUGAAAACCUCCAAAAGCAUGGAUCUUGUGGCAGAUGAAAGCCAGGUUAGUUCAUUGGCUGGACACAAACAAGUUGGGUGUGGCCCUGCCUGUGUGUAUGUUGGAAGAGGCUUAAUAGCCUGGCUCGGCAAGACAGAAUCUCCUGGCAAAGAUUUUGGUCCCACUCUGGGCUUAAAAAAGUCCAGCUCCCUGGAGAGCUUGCAGACGGCUGUGGCUGAAGUCAGGAAGAAUGAGCUUCCUUUCCACAGACCUAGGCCUCACAUGGUCCGUGGUCGGGGCUGUAACGAGAGCUUCAGAGCUGCCAUUGACAAAUCUUAUGAUGGACCUGAAGAUGCAGAAGAGGAUGGUCUGUCUGAUAAGAGCUCUCUCUCUGCUCAAGAAACUCAGAACUUUGAAUCAGCCCUGCAAGGGAAUCCUGAACUAGAAGAUGUAGAAACCAAGGCAAAGAAAGACAAAAAAAAUAAAGAGAAGGAGAAGAAAAAAGGAAAGAGCAAAGCUAAGGUCAAAGAGAAGAAAAUGAAGGAAGAAAAUGAAGAUCCAGAGAAGAAAACGAAGAAGAAGGGUUUUGGUGCCAUGUUGAGAUUUGGAAAGAAGAAAGAGGAGAAAGGUGGGAAAGCUGACCAGAAGGGAAAUCCAAAACACGGCACACUGAGAGAAGAAGAACUAGAAAAGAUGAAAGAUGAGCGUGAAAGGAUUGGUGCAAAACAUCAAGAGUUACGGCAAAAGCAGUCAAGAGGGCUUGCUGAUUACUCCACGAGCCCUGUAGGUCCACCACCUGAUAUUGAUGAUGAUGAUGAUGAGAUGGACCCAAAUUAUGCCAGAGUGAAUCACUUCAGAGAGGCUUAUCCAGCAGCAAAUGUCUACAGGCCAUCGUCUCCACCUGUAGCAGAAACCUUUGGAUACCCACGGGAUGUCCCUUCAGUAUCAGGAGAGAGGGAGCAUUUGGAAGGACUGUAUGCAAAGAUAAACAAGCAGCACCAUCCACAGACUUCUGCUGACAGUGGCUGUCCAGCUGGUGGGAAUGCAGAGCGUAUCCAGAAGCUACGGAAGGAAUACCAUCAGGCCAGGCGAGACGGUUUACCUUUCUACGAGGAUGAUGAGAUGAGAACAUGGUCAUCUGAUUAUGAUCAGCACUGGGUGUCUGGAAAAGGUCCAGAUGGGAGUUCACACAAUCUCCACUUUGAAGGGAUGGAAAGGCAAUAUGCAUCCUUACCCAGGUGUGGCCCAGCAGAACCAAUGGAGUAUUUAACAGGGCCCCGAGUGAUAUACAAAGAGCGAGAUCUUCCAUACUACCAAGGAGGGCAGCCUGCUGUCCACCCCUCUAAAGGAAACUACUCUCGUGCACAAGACAUGAGGGCAGCAGAAUUGCGGUAUCCCCAGUAUUACCCAGGCCAGCAACUAACCACCCAGCACAAGGGACCCCUCCGCCAGGAUGUCCCACCUUCACCUCCCCAGCCGCACAGAGUGCCAGCUUAUAAUGAAAUGGGCCGAACAGGACAGCGUGGGAGCAGCCCGGAUCAAUACCAAUAUAGACAUCAGGAUUCCAGGCAGAAGAAUCCCAUGACUGCAGCUGUAUAGCCUGAAACUGGACUUUGUCAACAUGGGCUGGGAUGGAGGAUUCCUGGCCUUCCCUUUUUUACAGUUGGUCCUAGCAAGCUUAACUGCAUGUAGGAAUGGCACCUUAACUGGAAUCAUUCUUACUGAACCUGCCUCAGGAUAGGUUUGUUUUCAUAGGAAUCUUGGGCCAUAUCAAAUUAAGAGACUGUGUCUUUUAGGUACGUGCAUUACCAGACGUUCAGAUGUUUUUAACACCAGUUAAAAAUAGAAAGUGAUGGCUGAAAAGUAAGUCCAACUGUUAGUACAGCUCAGGGCUAUUUACCACAUCUGGCUACACACACAUACAGACACAGGGCACCCUCUGUAAAAGGCCAGUGGUAUUAUCACCAGAGUCCAUUUUGGAUCUACACCACAGAAGUAUUAUAUCACAGAAGCCUUCUGGUGACCUGACACUGUGUUCAGUGCAGUGCUGCUCUUCUCGGGAUCAGAGAGUCUUGUGUAAUCUAGUGCCGUGUGCAGUGGUGACUUUACCAGUGACUUCCGGGCUGUUCCACUCCCACUCGAAUCAGCAGUUUUAUAUUUUGAGAAUGCCAUAAUCACUGGGUUUUAAUCUUGCCUGUAUCUUCCUCUUUCUGCUUGUUUGCUGGAACAUGCAUCUGGGAGCCCUCAUUUUUGGUAGUUCUGCAUCAAGUUUAUCCUCUUUUCAUAUUGCAGAUAACGCAGUUGGACUAAAAUGAACUAAACUUGGGCAGUUUGGAGAGUAUUCAUAGAACUCUCCUACAGGAUCAUUAGGGGAUGAGGCAACCAUCUGAAAAAUGUCUGUCUGCCUGUUCUCAUGUGUACGUAUAUUAUGCAGUGCACAGCUCUUAAAUGGAAGGCCUAGGGGCCAGGUGCUCAGCAGCUGUCAAUGAGUGUAGCUUCCUUGACUUCAGUGGAGCUAAUCCUAUUUAUACCUGCUGAGGAUCUGGCCCGAGGGGUGAAGUACAGUAAGUGCUAUUAAAUUGUUACUCCAUCAAGUAUUCAGAUGGAUCAGGGAGGGCAGAGCCUGUACUUGUCCCCACUCUAGUCAGGUUUGCAUAAAGGUGUCUGCUGGCAUAUCAGUUAAUGAAUUCGGAGCCUGCAGUUGUAAGCUUCUAUGCUAUUCUUCUGCUGUCAGUGUGCAUGGCUCCUGCCGCUCGAAUUGUCACCGGUUAAUGCAGGGAUCACUGCAAGGAAGCUCAGGCUCUGGCAGUGCCAGUACUGUGCAAAGUGCCAAGCAAUGCCAAUUCGCCUGGCAGUGCUCUGCAUGGCAACUGGAAAAGGGGGGCAGGGGGGAGGCUUUAGGCUUUUAAAAGCAACGGGAUGGAGAAGAGGAGGAGGAUAACAGAGGAGAGAUUGCUGUAGAAACGUUGGGGGCACAGAGAAAAGGAAUGAGGAGAAUGGUUUAAACAAUUAAGGUUUUUUAAAACAAUUAGGUGAGGAGAGGAGAGACGCUGAGGUUCAUGGAGAAAGAGAAGACAAGGGGAAGGACAAGUGGGGCGGGAGCGGGCGAAAGUAGAAGAAGGACCUAGCUUCUUUCCCCCAACUCUCUGCAGACAUUAGCUCAGGGCUGCUCUGGCCUUAUGGAGGUAAAAGAUGCUCUGAGGCAGUUUGAAAUAUGCCUCUCAGCCAUGCGGCUUCCCCACUCCACAGACAUUUGCUAUGCAGUCUAACCGGGCUUCAGAUGCUUGGAUGCGUCGCUCAGUGAUUUGUCAUGCUAAGCAUUGCUUAGGGAACCACAGAGCCUGUAACUAGGAACACAUUUUAAGUAGCUUCUGAGUGUCCAUCGUUCUUCAAGCUCUGCCUUUGGA